AUGAGUGCAGAUACUAAGAAAAGUAAUAUAGAUAUAGAACAUGCAUUCAAUACGCAAUAUGGGUAUAAAGCACAGAGCAUAGCAUCCGCACAUGCUAGGGUUAACUUAAUCGGUGAGCAUACCGACUACAAUAAUGGGCUCGUGCUUCCUACACUGCUGCCACUUACAACAAAUGUUGCUGCCGCUAUACACAGCAGCGUACCAGAGGACACAGUCGUUGUAUGUAGCACAUUUGAAGAACAAGAAGAUAGCGGGCGUGCUGUAGGCACAACACACACACUAUCUCUUUUAGAGAAAAAAAGAGGAAUGUGGACCGACUAUGUUAUAGCUUCUUUACGAGAAGUAAAGAAACACAUUCGUGGUCCUCUCCCCGGUCUUGCUUUGUACAUACACUCCUCUAUUCCGGCUGGCGCAGGCAUUUCAAGCUCUGCAGCACUAGAGGUAGCGCUAAUACGAGUAGUAAAAACACUCCUCUCUAUAGAAAUAGGCGACAUGACAAUAGCAACUAUGGCACAACGUGCCGAAAAUGAGUACAUAGGGCUUCCUUGUGGGUUGAUGGAUCAGAUGGUGAUAAGCCUAGCGUUUGAAAACCAUGCGCUUUGUAUUAAUUUUUACGACCAGAAGCAGCCUAGCUAUGAACCUGCCCCGCUCUUUAAGAAUCAUGUAUUUCUUGUAGUAUUCUCAGGGAUAUCUCAUAGAUUAGCAGAGGGAGAUGGGGGCUACAAGACACGCUUCGCACAGUGCCAAGAAGCAUGCAAACAACUGCAUAUAGCAUCUCUUAGUCAACUAUCUGUGCAAGAUCUGCAAUCACACACAUUACAGGACACAAUACUAUGCAAGCGCGUGGAACACGUUGUGCAAGAAAACAAGCGGGUAAGAGAUGCGUAUGCAGCACUUAUUGAUGGUGACAUACAGGUAUUCGCAGAAUGUAUGAACACAAGCCAUAUCUCGCAAAGAGACCUCUACCAAUGUUCUAUCCCUGAAAUAGACAUACUCUGCGAAGAAUCACUUGCUCAUGGGGCCUUAGGGGCUCGCAUUACUGGUGGUGGGUUUGGUGGGGCUAUUGUACUGCUUGUGCACGAACACAAGAAAGAAAAACUACGAAAUGCUAUACUAGCUCAGCACAAAGAAGCACGAAUACUAGCAGAGCUUACUGUUCCUUAG